AUGCAUAUUCCUAUAAAAGAAGCACUUAAUAAUGCUCAGAUUGUUGAAACUAUAUUAAUGAUGCAAUUAGAAAAUAAGCAAGGUAAUUCAGAUAAUUUUGAUAAAGAAUUACCAAAGAUUUCUGCUUCUGAAGAAUUAGACAGAUUAAAAAAUUUUAUCUUAUUUGUUGAACAACAAAUUGAUAACAACUUCUUUGAUGAUGAUUAUUUUUCUGAUGACAAUUAUUUUUCUGACUAUGAAAGGUUUUCUGAUAACUAUUAUAGUUCUCCUAAUGAUAUUAUAACUAACUAG